AUGUCGAGAAGAAGAAUUUUAAGCUUAAUUUUCUAUUUCAUUUCUGUUGGCAACAUUAAAUGCAAUGAUUACUAUACAUCAAUUUCGGGUUUGGAAACACUACUGAUGGUGGAAAAUCAUUAUCAUUGGGCAUUAAUUGAACAUAUUGAUGAAGUAGAGCGUUUGAAAAGUGGAUUGUAUAGUUUAAUUGAUGAGCUGGCUAUGGAAUAUAACAAAGUGAAUAAUAAUUCAAUGGAAUUGUAUUAUGAAUAUCCUGUGAAUGUGUUCAAGACCAUUAAUAGAAUUGCCGCAGAUUGGCAGGAGGCUUUAAAGUUGACACAACAAAUUGAAAGUUUAAAAGUUUAUAAUGAAACAUCAAAAAUACCCGAAGAUGCUGUUACCCUGCCAACAGAUGAUGAUUUGAGAGGAGCCGCUAGAGGGUUGUCACGCCUGCAGCAGAUUUAUAAAUUAGAUAUUACAAAUUUUACUAGAGGCUAUAUAAAAGAUCGAAAUUAUAGCUCCGAAAUGUCAGCAUAUAAUUGUUACAUUUUGGGUAAAAGUCUAUAUGAAUCCAAAGAAUAUUUAGCGGCCAGUGAGUGGUUAUUGGAGGCGUUAAAUAUGACGGAAGUUAUUGAAAAAUCAUUUUCUCAAAUAGAAAAUGAAGUAAGUUCGAAUCGGGAUAAAUACUAUAUUACACACGAUGCCAAUAAUGUAAAUGAGAACAGUGAAGCUCUAAACUAUGGUAUUUUCCCCUAUGUCAGUAUUGUGGAAAUUAUAGAAGUUUUAGGCCCAGCUUUAUUCUAUGGUGGAAAACCUGAGUUGGCAUUUGCUGUGAAUGAACGACUUCUUUAUAUGGAACCAGAAAAUGAAAGAGGACAAAAGAAUCAAGAACUAUUUGAAGCUAAAGUGAAGCUUAAUAGACGCACACGAUUUAUUAAAAGCGAAAAUGAAAAAGAAAAAUCCCAAGACCAACAACUCUAUGAAGAACUUUGUAAUGGGGAACUCGAACAGACUACUCAAGUACGAAGUAAAUUAUACUGUCGUUAUUGCAAUAAUAAUUUACCAUAUUAUUUAUUGGGCCCCCUGAAACUGGAGGAAUUAAAUAUAGAUCCCUUUGUAGCUGUAUAUUAUGAUGUGAUUUAUGAUCGUGAAGUUAAGGAAAUUAUUGAAACAUCCAAAACUCAAAUUGGAAAAUCUGCGAUUGGUAGUAACAAUAAUACAAAGGCUAAUGAAGUGCGAAUUAGUAAAAGAUCACGGCUGGGUUAUGAUACGCCAGUUAUGGCUAACAUUUCAAAACGUUUGGCCGACAUCACCGGUUUAACUAUGGAUAUGACCGAAAAUAUGACGGUAACAAAUUAUGGUAUUGGUGGCUACUAUGGAACACACAAUGAUUUUUCAGAGAGUCCAGAAGACGACUAUGCACAAAGUGGCAAUCGUAUUUUAACCGCCAUGUUUUAUCUCAGCGAUGUCGAUUUGGGUGGUGCAACAGCAUUUCCUCAAUUACGCCUUGCAGUGCCACCGAUUAAACACAGCUUACUGGUAUGGUAUAAUUUACAUAGAUCCUUAGAGCCAGAUUAUCGUACAUCUCAUGCUGGUUGUCCUGUACUGAAGGGUUCCAAAUGGAUUGGUAAUGUUUGGUUUCAUUCUGUGGGACAGGAGUUAGUAAGACCAUGUGAUGUUAAACCUGAUGGUGUAGUUUCUAAACAUGGGUAUUGA